AAAAAACUGUUAUUGUCAUUUUAUUCCCACUAUCGCAGUUCAUCAGAUUGUGAUGAUGCAACAAAGUUGGAAGGUUACAAAGGCCUCCCGUUCAUCCAUCCGGAACAAAUCGAGGCUUGUAGCUCCCGAGGCGAUGCCAAGAGCACCCUGUCGUGCUCGAAGUGACCAAAAAUGGAGCAGGUACAAAGAAGAGAUUCGCAGCUUUUACAUCGACCAAGACAAAACUCUAGAAGAUACGAUGCAAAUGAUAGAUUUACCAGCGAGCGAGCGAAAAUGGAAACAGCAACUGAAGGAAUGGGGUUUCCAAAAGAAUCUUCCAGCUAGUCAUAUGGCUAUUCUCGUGGCGAAACGAGAGCAAAGACUGAGAGAUUAUGGAAAAAACACCGUCUUUCUUCAAAGCGGUGUCGAGAUCAGGGCCGAGAAGUUUGAGACCUUCAAAAAGAGAAAGACCAGCAAGGUCUUUCAAGCUACGUCUCCGAGUGCUGAAACACCUCCUAAUAUCGUCUACCACACUCCCAAGUCUGAUUCGGACAUCCCAGGAGUUGUUGAGUCGCAAGAUGCGGUGACCAACUACCCUUCACCCCUUCCAGAAGAUGGCCAAGCAACAACUCCUUAUUUUCAAGUCACAGGAAAUAAGGAUGAGUUUUACGAGCAUUCAAAUAUAUAUCCACGCUCCCCAGAAGUGACUAGGGAGAGAACAACACCAAACCACACUUUCCCGAUGCAGAUUGCAAGCGACCAAAUGGAUUCACAGCUGCAACCACUUCAAACCUCCACCGUACCCCUCCUAGCCGGCGACUCCUUCUGGACUCAAAACGAAGAUUUAAAUCAGUUCAAUCAACAAACAGUGCUAUCGCCUACGUUUUAUGCCCAUUUCUCGCCAGCGAACAACCAAGGCAGUCAGCAUACUCCGCACAUUUUCCAAGAUCACGAACAUGACGACCCGGCCCCUGCUCAAAGGGUGGAAGAUAACUUUGGUGGUUCAAGGUUAACAAACAACUACCUCCCCGUUGGCCUUAUGGACUCGACCUCUGUCCUCGUGCCCGGCUAUCUAGGAAUGGACCCAUCUGAAGUUAUUCCCGGGAACAACCCCAGUGGUUCUGGUUUUAGCCAAAACGCAAUCGACGAGGCCCGUGUAGUCGAGAACCAUAUGCACCUGGCAGAAACUUACGGAGCCUACCGCCUAACAGGCAAGGCUGAGGCUCAGUAUAUAGAAGCGCUCGUCAAAUGCAUGCAGUUUGGCCAGGAGCAAAAGGCUCGCCAGUGUUUACAUGAAUUUGGUGUGUUUCUCAAGGAAGACCGCCUCCCUGAAGUCUUGGAGUCUUCAAUUCAAACGUGUCGUAACCUGGUACUGUUAUUCGAGAGGAAUACCUCCGCAACUCAAGAAAUGAAGACAGCAAGCUUGGGAAUGUUGGCAGAUCUUCUCAACCGCCACGGACAGCUUGCAGAAGCGGAAGCUAUAUACCGUCAGAUACUUGACAUGAGCAAAGAGUCGAAAGAUUAUCACACAGCCGCCGCAUGCGAAGCUUCGUUGCGCAAGCUGCUCUACCAGCUGUGGUCCCCUCACGAGGGCGCUGUGCGAGAGCAACUCAGAAGUCUCUCUAUUUCCCUUGAGCAGGAGACCUCUGGUCCAGCAAUGCGAUUCACCCACGCAACAGCCGUGAUUCUUACAACCCACUUCUCUGCUAUUUGCCAACUUCACCCAUGUCACCAACUCGGUCUGGUCCUCGAAGAGAUGUCCUAUCUCCUCUCAAAGCGAAUCUGGGGCCAUCCUUCGAGAGUCGAUUCUCGACUUCGGGACCUGACCAUGAAGCUAGCUCUCGAAUGCUCAGAACUAGCUUGGCACGAUAAUACAGAAUCCUUUUUCCGAACACAACGGAUAUUGCUGGAUCGACUCGCUACUGCUGAUUGGGGAUAUGUGAAGAUUCGAGGGUACAUUGAUUACUGUGCGUAUUUGGAGAGAUCUGAAAAAGACGGCAGCUGGAAGAAAUACAUCGAGAUUCUGAUCACUGCUUACAAGACUAUGGAAGAUCUUUUGCAUGCGAGAGGAGCUCAACCUUAUAGGAAAGGGGAUUUUCCGUUCUUGGAGCUUCUUAAACUUGAGAGAGCGGGAGUUCCUAGCAGUAAAUGCGACCGGGAAUCUAUUCAACUGAUGGAGGGUGUGGAAAAACGACUUGAGCGGAUGCUUGCGCAGAAUCAAAGCCAUCACUCUGAAGCUGUGCAGUUUGGCGAGUGAGAAGGGAAUUGAGGAGGGAAAUGAUGUGGUAAGUGAGGAGGAGACAGACGAGGAUAAUGGUCCCGGAAUUGGUGAUUGGGAUCGGUAUAGCUGAACUUUUACGUAUAAAAUAAAUAGAUGAGCAUGAACUAAGUGACAAGUUUAAGAUGGAC